AACCUAACCCGGAAGCAAAAGGAGGUCUCCGUCAAAAGCCGAGGGGGCAAUAUUAGCUGAAAUUAGCCCCUUACCCCACCUGGUCUUCCUCCGGACGGCUCUUCAGAGCCGGGGCCGUUGCGGAGACGACUGAGGACGUGCCGGCCUGAGAGGUUUUAAAAUAUUAUUCCGUCUCCUGUCCGCUGGAAGUUCCGGCGACAUCAAUGGCAGCGGACAAAAGCGGAGAUCAGGGAACAGAGAAACAUGAAGGAGCAGGUACCUCUUCUGGGAUCACUGAUCAAGAAAAGGAGCUAUCAAACAGUGCACUGCAAGCUUUUAUGGCUGGAAGCUAUGACACUUGUCUGCAACACCUUAGCUGCUUGCAAGAAAUAAACAAAGAUGAUUAUAAAAUAGUUUUGAAUGUUGCAGUAGCAGAGUUCUGUAAGAGUAAUCAGACAACAACAGAUAACUUGAAGCAAACACUUAACCAGCUGAAAAAUCAGGUUCAUUCAGCUGUUGAAGAAAUGGAUGGCUUGGAUGAUGUUGAAAACAGCAUGCUGUACUACAACCAAGCUGUUAUUUUGUAUCAUCUGCGGCAAUACACAGAAGCAAUAACAGUGGGAGAAAAGCUUUACCAAUUCAUUGAACCUUUUGAGGAAAAGUUUGCCCAGGCAGUAUGCUUUCUGCUUGUGGACUUAUACCUGCUGACCUGCCAAGCUGAGAAAGCCUUGCAUCUGCUUGCUGUAUUGGAAAAAAUGAUUUCACAAGGUGGCAACAAUAAAAAUGGGAAAAAUGAGACAGGUAAUAACACUAGUAAGGAAACUUCUAAUCACAAAGCUGAAAGUGGAACCCUGACAGAAGCUGCUAAGUCUAAAAUACAUCAGUAUAAAGUGCGAGCCUAUAUUCAGAUGAAAUCUCUAAAAGCUUGCAAGAGGGAGAUCAAAUCUGUUAUGAAUACAGCUGGAAAUUCUGCUCCUUCCCUCUUUCUGAAAAGCAACUUUGAGUACUUGAGAGGCAAUUAUCGGAAAGCAGUGAAGCUGUUGAACAGCUCAAACAUAGCUGAACAUCCAGGAUUUAUGAAAACAGGGGAAUGCUUACGAUGCAUGUUCUGGAAUAAUCUUGGAUGCAUCCAUUUUGCCAUGGGGAAACACAAUUUAGGAAUUUUCUAUUUUAAAAAGGCUUUGCAGGAAAAUGACAAUGCCUGUGCACAGCUUGGAACAGGUGGCACAGAUCCAGGUAAAAAGUUCUCAGGACGACCAAUGUGCACCUUAUUGACUAACAAGCGUUAUGAGUUGUUGUAUAACUGUGGCAUUCAGCUUUUACACAUUGGGAGACCUUUAGCUGCUUUUGAAUGUCUGAUAGAAGCUGUCCAGGUUUACCACUCAAACCCUCGCCUCUGGUUGAGAAUAGCAGAAUGCUGUAUUGCUGCCAACAAAGGAGUAAGACUGACUUUGCUGUUCUUUCUAAACAAAUAUUGCAGCAGUAAAAGUCAUGAUGGAGACAAAUUUGUUCCUGCACCACCAUCUUCUCCGCUGAGGAAGCAGGAAUUAGAAAAUUUAAGGUGCUCCAUACUUGCUUGCAGCGCUUAUGUGGCCCUGGCACUAGGGGACAACCUUAUGGCUUUGAACCAUGCAGAUAAACUCCUUCAGCAACCCAAACUGUCAGGUUCCCUUAAAUUCCUUGGCCAUUUAUACGCCGCAGAGGCGCUCAUCUCUCUAGACAGAAUCUCUGAUGCCAUUACUCACUUGAACCCGGAGAAUGUCACUGAUGUGUCCCUGGGGAUUUCUUCAAACGAGCAGGAUCAAGGGUCUGAUAAAGGAGAAAAUGAAGCAAUGGAAUCUUCGGGCAAGCAGACCCCCCAGUGUUACCCCAGUUCUGUCACAUCUGCGAGAACCAUGAUGCUGUUCAACCUUGGAAGUGCCUACUGCUUGAGAAGCGAGUAUGACAAAGCUCGGAAGUGUCUGCACCAGGCUGCCUCAUUGAUUCACCCAAAAGAGAUCCCACCAGAGGCUAUCUUACUGGCUGUAUACCUUGAACUUCAGAAUGGCAAUACUCAGCUGGCACUGCAAAUCAUCAAAAGAAACCAGCUUCUUCCCUCAGUGAAAAUGCUCUCUGAGAUGCGGAAAAAACCUGUAUUCCAAGCUGCACACUUGGUCCAGCCUAUUCAGAUGCCAGCAUUCACCACUGUUCAGAGAAAGUGAAAUUGUGCUGGCUUUGGUUCUCGGAGGAAUCACUUAGGAUUUUUUUUUGUAAUUUUUAAAAAUAUUCUGGUAUCUGCCUAUAUGAUGCAUUGGCUGUGUUGGCUUGAAUUUUUCAUUAAAAAGAAACUACAAAAUGA